GACAGCCCUACUCGUAUCACUGUUAUCUGUCUGUAGUCUUUAUUCUAUGAUCUGUCUAAUGUCUAUUGAAUUACCUAAAUUCUAGAAUCAUUCCGAUUAGCAAUCAAAUUGUAAAAUAAUAAAGCCGGUAUUUUCUAAAUUGAAUAUCAGGUAAAAUACUUCUAAGAAGUUGUAAACAAAAGAAGGUAAAAGAAGUUCGGUUUGUAUUAUAAAACACAUUUCUCCUUAAAAUGACGCACGAUCCUGAAAAAUUUGAUUCCAUGCUUCUUGCUAUGGCGCAGCAACAUGAAGGCGGAGUUAAAGAUUUAUUGGAUACAAUAGUAGGAUUUCUAGCAAGAAAAACUGACUUCUUUGUUGGUGGAAAGGAAGGCGAAUGGGAAAAGGUGGUUAAAGAUACAUUUUACAAACAUUCCGUUAAGGCUAGAGAGGAGAAAGAGAAGAUUAAAAGAGAGAAAGUGGAAGCUGAAAAGAGACUUAAGGAAAUACAGCAGAAAAAAGAGCAAGAACGUCUAGCUAAAGACUUUGAACCAGCUACUGUUACCGAAUUAACUGAUCAGGAGGCAGAAAAUUUACAAAAUGACCUAGAAAAAAAUAAACAAAGCAAGGAAGAAGAUGGCAGUGGUGAUAGUGCAUCAAAUGAUCCAGAAACUCCUACUGUACCAGAUGAAGAAGAUGAUCCCAAAGAAAAAAACAAAUUAAAACCUAAUUCUGGCAAUGGAUGUGACCUAGAAAAUUACAGAUGGACACAAACAUUGGAAGAGGUUGAGUUACGAGUACCAUUACGUCAAGUGCUGCGACCACGGGAUUUGACCGUUGUUAUUAGCAAACGUCACCUCAAAGUGGGCAUUAAGGGCCAACCGCCUAUUAUUGACGGCGAUCUAGAUGCCGAUGUGAAGAUUGAGGAAUCCACGUGGGUGCUUCAAGAUGGUAGAUCUUUGUUGGUUAAUUUGGAGAAGGUUAACAAAAUGAAUUGGUGGGGUCGUCUUGUGUCUACGGAUCCUGAAAUAUCGACUAAAAAAAUAAAUCCAGAACCAUCAAAGCUGUCGGACUUAGAUGGAGAGACCAGAGGUCUAGUUGAGAAGAUGAUGUACGAUCAAAGGCAAAAGGAGAUGGGAUUGCCGACCAGCGAUGAACAGAAGAAGCAAGACGUACUUAAGAAAUUCAUGGAACAACACCCCGAAAUGGAUUUCUCGAAGUGCAAAUUUAAUUAAUCAUGAAUUAAAAUAUUAACCGUUACAUUUGAGUGAAACUUAAGUAACCAUUAGUGUAUGCCUGUAUUCUAAAACGUUAAUUAAGCACAAAUUCUAAUCUCAGUUCUUUAUCUGGCAAACUUUGACUAUAUAGUCUACAAUGUUUCACAUUUUUGACAUUGCUCGGUAAUAUAUUGUGAGUUGACGUUUUGGUUUACGAACCUAAGGGCAACUUUAAAAGACAGAGUGCGAUCUAAAUUUCCUAUCUGACAAUUACAUAUUCUAUACUAUAGAUUUUGAUGGGAUAUUUAUUGAGUAUUUAAACUUGUUUAUUAAUCUUAGCCUUAGACACACACAAUUCAAUUGUCUGUCAGGCAAUUUCUCAAUAUGUAAUUAAGUUAAUGUAAAAGGCCAACCUUCAGUUUUCGAUUACUGACCUUAUUAAUUUUUGUCUUACUAGUCGUUUAUAAUGUAUAAUUAUUGCUUAGAAUCACGACUAGUUGGAUAGCAAAGGAUUAUAACCCAGUUAAGCUGUCGGAAAUAAAGUGUUUUUUUUU